CUUGCGCUCUGCAUUCCUCUCGUCCUACGCGUUCUGCUCCCACUCUCUCCCAACUUCAUCGCAGCCGUACAACACAGACAUGGCCAGUGCAGACGGAGGCGCAUACAGCUACUCUCUUACCGUCUUCUCGCCGAGCGGAAAGCUCGUUCAGAUUGAACAUGCAUUGGCAGCAGUGUCUCAAGGAACAACAAGUCUCGGUAUCAAAGCAUCCAAUGGAAUCGUCAUUGCCACGGAGAAGAAAGCAUCCUCGAUUCUCAUCGACGACUCCAUGAUCGAGAAAGUCGCCGUCAUCUGCCCAAACAUCGGCAUCGUAUACUCAGGCAUGGGUCCCGACUUCCGCAUCCUCGUGUCGCGGGCGCGCAAGAGUGCACAGGCGUACUGGAAGAUCUACGGCGAAUACCCACCCACGAAGGUGCUCACCCAGGAGAUUGCCACCAUCAUGCAGCAAGCGACUCACUCCGGUGGUGUCCGCCCAUACGGAGUGUCCCUGCUAGUGGCUGGAUGGGACUUCAACCGUGGACCGAGCUUGUAUCAGGUCGAUCCAUCUGGCUCUUACUGGGCAUGGAAGGCGAGCGCCAUCGGCAAGAACAUGGUCAACGCCAAGACGUUCCUCGAGAAACGGUACAACGAUGACAUUAGCUUGGAGGAUGCUAUUCAUACCGCGCUCCUGACGCUGAAGGAAGGCUUCGAAGGGCAUAUGACAGAGAAGACCAUUGAGAUCGGUGUCAUCACCGUACCAAGUCAAGCCGACCUCGAGGCUGGGAAGAUCGAGGGAACUGGACGAGCGAAAGCGACAUUCAGGAAGCUCUCAGAGGAGGAAGUGCGAGAUUACCUUGCCAUGUAGCUGCGGAUGAUGCACUUAUUGAUUUCUAUUGUACAUCGAGAUUUUUUUUUCUCGCAGCGCAGAUUCUGAUGUAUCCGUACGUCGGAAAGGAAUUGCUCCUGGUCGCGGCGAGUUUCGACGUCUCACGUACGGGCGUUUACCAGAUAAGUACGUGCCUAUGGUUUCGAUGUUGCCCUUACGAGAAUAGCCACUGCGAUCUUAAGUCCGCACUUCCUCCGC